AUGUCGCGCUGCUCGUUCAGCUUCCUCAGCAGCUCCUCCGACGUGGUGCCCGACGACAGCGAGUACGAGUGGUCGGGAGGGCCGCCCUCCACCGGGCCCUCCUCCCCCGCCGCCGCCGCCGCCCUCCACCUGCACCGUCAGGUCGAUGGGCUUGACGUCCUCGCCCGCGCCCCCUGCCGGGGCCUCGCCGGGGGCCGCGGGGCCCUGCGCGGCGGCGGCGGCGGCGGCGGCGGGGCGGGGGCGGCGGGCGGCCCGCUGCGCCUUGCGCUCGUUCACCCCGCGCAGCGGGAAGAUGGUGGGGACCCGCACCAGGCUGAGUCUCGCUCGGGGAAGGAGAACAGCUCUGGCAGAAGCACCUUGUCAAAGCAGAGACCGACUGUGUUGCCUGAGCUUGACCAGGACACACCCCGGAAUAUGCUCAUGAGGAUCAUCCAGACCCAACCAGAGGUUUCACCUUUGGCACCUCUGGUGUUUCAAAAUGAAGAAAAAGAAGAAGCUGCAUCAGAACUCCCAUCUAAGAGGAUUCUCAGCAUGGGGGAAAUGCAGCUGUCAGAGCUUGUUCCUGAGAACACAUCCAUUGCCAGGUUCCAUAUGACUAGGAAGAGAAAGAAACUCAGUGUUUCUGAGUUUGAGAGAGCAGCAGACAGAAGACUUCCCCAGCAACAAGCCCAGCCAGCGUUGGACAGCACUGUCUUGGCUCGAUCCCUUCGUGUGUCUGUUGGUUCCUUGAUGCCACCAGACACUGUGGAAAAGAGGGGCUUACUCCGGAGGCCGAAAAACCGCAGAGCUAUUGAUGUGGAAGCUUUUGAAGGGGGAGUGGAGCAGAACAUGCUGAAGAGAAAAGCACAGGACUAUCUUGUGGACUCGGAAGCAGCCUCUGGGAUGCAAACAGCCAUGCUGACAAAUGAUGCAGAGGUGGUGCUGGAUAGCACAGAGCUCUUUGCUCAGCCUCAGGUUGAAGAACCCAACCAAAACCAACUUUCUGCUCCUCAACCACAGCUAUUGGAUUCCAAAACUUUGGAACAGAGAAGCAAGAUUUCGGAUGCAGCUCAAAAGGCAACAGGGCUGGUGGGCCUGGUAUCCAGGGCAGGCACCAAUGAGGAAGGGACCCAAAGACAUUCGGAGGAGUUGAUCCUUGAGCAUGGUGGUAGAGUGACUGUUGUAUCUCCGAAAACACCUGCAAACCAGAGAGAAGAUCAGCAAGAUCAUUCCCAGGAGGAUAACCCGGUGGAACAGCUUUCUGGCUCAGAAGAGGAGGUGGAUGGCACUGUUAACAGAUGGAGCUCCUCUGUGCCACCCAGAAGGUCCAGUAAAUAUUUGAGAUCCCCAUUCCCUCUAAAGCCUGAGAGAUCUUUCAGCAUGUCUUUGAGAGAAGUGGUGUCCCGUAUCAUUGAAGACCUAGAUGUAAGCGAGACAGAAGAAGAGAUGCCUAAUGCAGUGAAGGAAUUGGAGCAGGAAGAGAUUUGCAGCCGGGCUGCAGAGCAUCGUGCAAAUGCUGGAUAUUCUGAACAUUUGGAGAAGAAACUGACCAAAAAAGCAGUAUCAGGGAGAAGUGUGGAACAAGUGGACAGAGUUGAAACAGAAAUGGCUCCAGAGGAAGAAGAGGGGAUAGCAGAAGGCAGUGUGGAUCACCCAGACUCUCCUGACGCUGAACGUCAGCGUGACAGUGUUGGAGCUGGAAGUCUGGGCAGGCAUUUUCAUGCAGUUUCCUCCUCUGAGAAGUCUGGGAUGGAGCCAUUAAAGGAAGAUGCUGAACACGCAGAUGAACUAGAGCACCAGCCUAUCAUGGUUGAAUUGGAUGACCUGCAAGAUCCUACUGAGGAUGAAUCUGAAGACCCUGCAAGUGAAGAUGUUUCCAUGAAGACACCCACGUUUGUCCGUGCUGCAGCCUCCAAGGUACCAAUGUCAACUCCACGGCCUGCAAAACCUCCUACUCCCAAGCUGUCCACUCCACAUCCUGGCAAACCUGCUGCUUCCAAGCCUCUUCCCCUCCGGGCUAAGCCAGUUCCACAGAGGAAAAGAAGUGAGCCUGGAAUAGCAAGGAGUUUGAUAAAGAAGAUAUUUAGCCACUAUGUGAAAAUGCCAGUGUCCAGAGAAGCUUUCAAAAUUGUUGAAAAAUGCUGUGAGAGAUACUUCAAGCAACUAAGUGAUGAUUUGGAAGCUUAUGCCAAGCAUGCAGGGAGGAAGACAGUGGAGAUGGCUGACCUGGAAGUCCUCAUGAGAAGACAAAAGCUGGUGACAGACCAGAUGCCACUGCACGUGCUGAUAGAACGUUUCCUCCCUCUGGAGUACAGGAAGCUCCUGAUUCCAAUGGCUGUGAGUGGAAACAAAUUGAUCCCUGGCAAAUGAAGGUGGCUGUGGUGGGCAGGGAGGUGGGUGGCUCCAGGAACCUGGCUCAGGCUCUUCCUGUGCCCCCCGGGACUGCUCCAGCAGUGAGAGUUGAUGUCCUCUUGGACUGGGGCAGGCUGUGCUGUGGCUCUCACACCAGCCUCCUGCAUCUCACCAGCCAUUGUUGUAAAGUAGUAUCUUGAAUUUAUGUUACAUUUGAAUACUUGUACAGCUCAGAGAAAUAAACUGUUCUGUGGUUCUGCA